AUGGAUGCAAUUAUUAGUCAACUUAAUCUUACAUCACAAGAUUUGUUGGGACUCCAGAUCUCAGGACUGGCAUACGUAGUCUUCCUCAUCACUCACUUUCUCAAGCCAAGACUUGCCUUCCAAUUCUCAUGUCUAAUCCUUGCUGUGUGUGCUGGAUUGACUCAAGGAUUUACAUUCGGAGGAGUCUCCAAUACCUUUGCAGACAUGACACAAGAGCAGUUGUAUGACUCUGGAUUUGCCUCAUUGCUCCUCAUCAUCACACUCAUUGCGCUCUACAACAAUGCAAAGACACCAUUGAUCUUGGGAUAUAUUCUUCAUGGAGGUUGGGAUUAUCUUCACCACCAUAGCUCGAGCAUCCAUAUGGCCGCUGCCACUCCACUCUGGUAUCCACUAUUCUGUUGUUCAUAUGACUUGGCCGUGGCACUCACCUACGUCUUUGUCAGAUACCCAUCAUCAUCAGAGUCAAGAAGCAAGUCAAAGACACAUUAA